AUGGCUAGUGAAGAUGACAAUUUCGAUAUUGACAUCUACGGGGAUGGCAGCGGUUCCAACGAGCCUGCUGAAUUCAAGCACGAGGAUUCCGACCUGGUGCUUGACGCCCCGGAGAACCUCCCUCAGGCUAACCCCCAGCCAAACCGGGCCCAGAACAAUGCCCAGGCCGGCAACCCCUCAGCAGCCCCAGCAUUCUCUCUCCCCGCACCUCCUCAGGGAACCAAGCGCAAGGACUAUGACGGUCGCUCGACCGACCCCGCGGCUACGAACGCUCUGCUGAUCUCGGAUAUGAACUGGUGGACCACCGACGAUGAUGUCCGGGGCUGGGUGAACCGCGCUGGCGCCGAGCAGGAGCUGAAGGAUGUGACUUUCAGCGAGCAUAAAGUCAAUGGCAAGAGCAAAGGACAAGCCUUCGUCGAGUUCAGCAACCCGCAGGCAGCCACUGCAACCAAGCACAGCAUUGACAGCGACCCUGCUCUCAAGCUCCCCGUCCAAUACACCAGCCCUCACUCGAACCCAUUCCGCACCCUACCUAAAGAUGCCCCAAUGCGCAACGAUCGCGGUCGUGGGGGUGGCUUUAAUUCCGGAGGAGGCGGUAAUUUCCACAACAACAUGGGUAAUAACUUCCGUGGUCGCGGCAAUUACAACAAUCGCGGUACGGGUGGCAUGGGCAACAACUUCAACAACCGUGGCGGUGGUUUCGGAAACCCCAUGAACAACUUCGGCACCAACAUGAUGGGUCCUGGCAAUUUCCCGACUGGCCCUAUGGGCAUGCAAGGAUAUGGCUACAACAACCGCGGUGGCAGCAUGAUGGGCAACGCCAUGCGCGGCGGAGCAGGUGCGAUGCGUGGUGGCCGCGGAGGAAACAUGGGCGGCCCCGGUAUGAUGGGGAUGGGUGGGAUGAACCCGAUGGGUGGGAUGCCGAUGAAUCCUAUGGGAGGCAUGAACCCCAUGAUGGGCAGCAUGGCUGGGAACAUGGGAAUGCAGGGCGGCCAGGGCUUCCAGGGUCCCAACCCCGGAUUCAAUCCGGGCAAUGCCUAUUUUAACCACAAUACCCACAACAACAAUCCCAUGAACUCCAACAACAACCCAAACAAUCAGAACAACCCGAGCAACCCGAGCAACACCAACAAUAACAGCCAGGGUGGCAACAGCAACCAGGGCGGCGCCUCCGAAGGCUCCUGGAACCCUCAUGGCAACAAGCGAAGCCGCCAGGACUAG